AUGGGUUUACAUUCAAUUUAUAUUGAUACUGAACAUACAUUUUCAUCUAUUCGUCUUUUAAGUAUGAUUAGUGAUUUUAAUAGUAAACAAGAACACUUACUUGAACUUGUUCGUACUGAAACUGCAUUUGAUGCAGACUCAUUAAUGAAUAUAUUAACACAAAUUGAAAAUGAAUUAGAAGAUGAAUUUAAAAAUAAUACAAUAGAUCAAUGUCCUAUUCUAUUAAUUAUUGAUUCAAUUGCUGCUCCAUUAAGAAUGUCUACUAUGGGUUAUGAUCGAGAUAAUAUUCUAUUAUUAUUUACUGAUUGUGCUAAACGACUUGCUACAAGAUAUAAUCUUCUUGUUUUAGUAACGAAUCAAGUUACAACAAAACGUCGUUCAAAUGUUUUAACAGAAAAAGUUGAUAAAAAUUUAUCAUUAACUACUAAUAAAAAUACAGGAAAUGAUUUUUAUAUGAGUGUUGCUCUUGGUAAAGCUUGGUCAUAUUCUGUAAAUGUUCGUCUUGCUAUAUCAUAUCAAGGUGAUACACGUCGACAACUUAUUGUUGGUAAAUCAAUUGAAUCACCUGGUUAUACAAUACCAUUUCGAAUAUUAAGAAAUGGUUUAGAAGAAAUAAACGAAAAUGUAAAUAUUAAUACUGAAAGAAAAUCUUUGAAAACACAUAUAAUACCACAAUUAAUUCAAGCUGAUGAAAUGCAUCUUAUUGGAAAACAAUUACGACCUUAA